CAGGCUCUGAUGGCGGUGGCUGCGCUGAUGGAACCGGUGCAGGUUUCCAUGAACUCAGAAGUAAUUAUGGACCCUAUACAGGGACAGGUGAACUUUGAAGAUGUGGCUAUUUAUUUCUCCCAGGAGGAGUGGCAGCUUCUUGAUAAGGCUCAGAGAUGCCUGUACCGAGAUGUGAUGUUGGAGAACGUUGCACUUAUGGCUUCUCUAGGUUGUGGGCACAGAAUGGAGGAUGAGGAGACAACUUUUGAGCAGAGCAUUUCUGUAGAAGAAGUGUCACAGAUCAGGACUCCCAAGGAAGGCCCUUCUAACCAGAAAACCUAUCCCUGUGAGACAUGUGGCCUGGUCUUAAAAGAUAUUUUGCUAUUGGCUGAGCACCAGGAAACACACCGGGGGCAGAAACCAUACAUGUGUGUGGCAUGUGGGAAGCAAUCCUGGUUCAGUCCGAAUCUUCACCAGCACCAGAAGGAGCACUGUGGAGAGAAACUCUGUAGAAGAGAGGAGGGUAGGACCUUUCUUUGUGAGCAGGCGUUUCACAGUAGACAAAGGCAGUACAAGUGCAGCGAAUGUGGGAAGGCCUUCAGCCGCAAGGACUCACUCGUUCAGCACCAGAGAGUCCACACUGGAGAAAGGCCUUAUGAGUGUGGUGAAUGUGGGAAAACCUUCAGCCGCAAACCUAUACUUGCUCAGCACCAGAGAAUCCACACUGGAGAAAUGCCUUAUGAGUGUGGCAUAUGUGGGAAAGUUUUUAAUCAUAGCUCUAACCUUAUUGUACACCGGAGAGUACACACUGGAGUGAGGCCUUACAAGUGCAGUGAAUGUGGGAAAGCCUACAGCCACAAAUCCACACUUGUUCAGCAUGAGAGUAUCCACACUGGAGAAAGGCCUUAUGAGUGUGGUGAAUGUGGGAAAACCUUCAGCCGCAAACCUAUACUUGCUCAGCACCAGCGAAUCCACACUGGAGAAAUGCCUUAUGAGUGUGGCAUAUGUGGGAAAGUUUUUAAUCGUAGCUCUAACCUUAUUGUACACCGGAGAGUACACACUGGAGUGAGGCCUUACAAGUGCAGUGAAUGUGGGAAAGCCUACAGCCACAAGUCCACACUUGUUCAGCACAGGAGUAUCCACACUGGAGAAAGUCCUUAUGAGUGUAGUGAAUGUGGGAAAUACUUUGGUCACAAAUACAGACUCCUUAAACACUGGAGUGUUCACACUGGCACAAAGCCUUAUGAGUGCAUUGCAUGUGGGAAAUUCUUUAGUCAAAGCUCUGACCUUAUUGCACACCAAAGAGUUCACAAUGGUGAAAAGCCUUAUGUGUGCAGCAACUGUGGAAAAGCCUUUAGCCACAAACAUGUACUUGUUCAGCACCAUAGAAUUCACACUGGAGAAAGGCCAUAUAAGCACUAUAAAUGCAAUGAAUGUGGGAAAGCCUUCUGCCGAAAAUACAGACUGGCUCAGCACCAGAGAAUCCACACUGGAGAAAGGCCUUAUGAGUGCAAUGAGUGCAGAAAAGCUUUCAGCUACAAACACAUACUUGUUCAGCAUCAGAGAGUUCACACUGGAGAAAGGCCUUAUGGGUGCAGCGAAUGUGGUAAAGCCUUCAGCAACAAACCCACGCUUGUUCGGCACCAGCGAAUUCAUACUGGAGAAAGGCCUUAUGAGUGCAGCGAAUGUGGGAAAUUCUUUAGCCAAAGCUCCAGUCUUAGUGAACAUCAGAGAAUUCACACUGGGUCAAAGCCUUAUAAAUGCAGUGAAUGCGGAAAAUUCUUUACCUCCAACUCCAACCUGGUUAAACACCGUAGAGUUCACACAGGAACCAGGCCUUAUGAGUGCAAUGAAUGUGGGAAGUUCUUUAACCAAAGCCCCAGCCUCAUUAAACAUCAGAGAGUUCAUACAGGUGAAAGGCCAUAUGAGUGUAGUGAAUGUGGGAAAUUUUUUAGCCAAAGCUCUACCCUCAUUAAGCACCAAAGAGUUCACACUGGAGUAAGGCCUUAUAAGUGUUUUGAAUGUGGGAAACUUUUUAGCCAGAGCUUUGGCCUCACUCAACACCAGAAAGUUCACACUGGAGAAAGGCCCUAUGAGUGCAGUGAAUGUGGAGAAUUCUCUAGCCAAAACACACAACUUAUUCAGCACCAAAAAAUUCAUGCCAGAGAAAUGCCUCAUGAGUGCAGUAAAUGUGGAAUAGUCUUUAGUCAAAGGUCUGCUCUAAUUGAGCAUGAGAAACUUCACAGCCCAGCUAGGCUUUAUGAGUGCAGUGAAUGUGGGAAAGCCUUCAGCCAAAGGCCUAACCUCAUUCAACACCAGAAAGUUCACACUAGAGAAAGGCUUUAGAAUGAGGUGGAGACAACAGGGAAUGAGCUCUCUCCCUAUUUAAUACAACAGCUCAAUGAGCUGGCCAGUUAGCUCAGUUGGUUGCAGCAUGGUGUUAUAACACCAAGGUGAA